AUGCCCUCUCGUGGGCGUGCGAGGGCGGCGAGCUACGAGGCGGGAGAGACGGCGGCGCCGACACGCUCACGACCUAACCCCUCGCUUGCUUUCUGUCUCCCCGGCGUGCUCGCUCAUUGCCGCCCCGCCAUCCCCUUCCUCGCAUUCACGCCCCUUCACGAGCCCGACCACUUCACCGGCACAACCACGUCUCGAUCAUCAACGCAGUCUGCAGUAUCAGUAAGCAUGUCCUCAGUAACGCAAAGCAUCUCUCCACUAGCGCAACGCGUGUCUCCAGUAACGCGACGCAGGUAUGCGUACAAUCUGCUAUACGAACCCCCCUCGUACUCGUCGAUCGCAUAUAUUCCUUUCCUGCCCUUCCUCCCUCUCUCCUCCCCCCCAUCCUUCCUCCAUCUCCUGCCCUCCUCUUCCUUCCUCCCUUCCUCCACUUCCCCCUCCCUCCGCUCAGCUUCGCCUCCUCCACUCCUUCUCUUCCUUCACUCCUUCUUUCCCUCCCUCCUUCUUUCCCUCCCCCCCUUCCCUGCCCUCUCCCUCCCUCUUCCUCUUCCCACCCCGCCCCGCCUCGCGUCAGGGAGGAGGUCGGGGGUCCCGCCACGCUCCGCGUCCAGCGCUGGAUCUCCACCUCGCCUCGCCCCGCGUCGAGGAAGCGUGUUCUCGCCCCGCUCCGCGUCGAGGAGGAGGGCGCGUUCCCGCGUUGGUGAGGGCGUUCCCGCCCCGCAUCCAGCUCUGAGUUCACACCCUGCCCCGCCCCGCGUCGAGGAGGAGGGCUCCUACCGGCCCCAGUGUGUCGAGCUCUGGGUUCUCGCCCCGCCCUGCGUCGAGGGCGGGGAGGAGGAUUUUUGCCCCGCCACGCGUUGA